UUUAAUUGCUUCUGCGGCCACAGUCGUAAGUGUUCCUCAGUUUUCACCUUUUUGGUCAUCUCCAGAAUUCUUGCUAUCAUCCUCUCUCUCUCUCCCGGCAAUCAUCUUUUCCUCCACCUAACUGAUCUAUCUCCUCCAAUUCCCAUCAUGGCGGAUCCCUAUUCCAACUACUUCAAUAACGGAUGGAUGUUCACUCUCCACCCUACGACCCCAGAUCCUCCUUACCACAACUUCUCUUUGUCUUAUGGAUCUUCACCCACUUCCCCGCCAUUGAAAGAGGCUCUCCCACUCCUCAGCCUCAGCCCCACGAUUAGGCAUGACAGUCAAGAAUCAUCUACGGAGGUGGAAAUGAGCAUCAAAAACAAUGAAGAACAUCAAGAACAAGAAGAAGAAGAAGAAGAUGAUGAUGAAGAUGAAACUGUGACAGUAACUCUCAACUUAGGGCUUUCUACUGCUUCCUGCACUUUUACUGAUUCUGAUCUGAUUCCAAGGCUCUCCUCCUCCUCCACAGUAGUAAAUAAUAAAGAAGAAGUUACUGUUGCUAGCAGUGGAUAUACCACCACAAGCCCACUCAACAAGGGUCAGUAUUGGAUCCCAACACCUGCCCAGAUUUUGAUUGGCCCGACCCAGUUUUCUUGUCCACUCUGCUUCAAGACCUUCAACAGAUACAAUAAUAUGCAGAUGCACAUGUGGGGGCAUGGAUCCCAGUACAGAAAGGGCCCACUAUCCCUGCGAGGGACACAACCAACGGCAAUGCUGAGGCUCCCAUGCUACUGUUGCGCACCAGGGUGCAGGAAUAACAUAGACCACCCAAGAGCCAAACCCCUCAAAGACUUCCGAACCCUUCAAACCCACUACAAGAGAAAGCACGGGAUAAAGCCGUUCGCGUGCAGGAAGUGCGGGAAGGCGUUUGCUGUGAGGGGAGACUGGAGGACGCAUGAGAAGAACUGCGGGAAACUGUGGUACUGUGCUUGUGGGUCAAAUUUCAAGCACAAGAGAUCGCUCACGGAUCAUGUCAAGGCAUUUGGGAGCGGGCAUGGAGCUUGUGGGGUUGAUUGCUUUGAAGAGGAGGAAGAGGGUUCUGAAAUUGAACAGGGUUUUUGUAAUCAAUGAGUUGUGUUACGUAAUUAUUUGGUUUUA